AUAGAAAUUGGAAUUGAACGGAGUACAUAGCUCCCGACUCCCAGCCAACUAUCAACUAGUUAGCUUGCCUUGCUUGUCAUCUUAGUUCCAGCCGCUAUGGUUUCUGGACACGGGCACCCGUAAAGAUCACGCUGGUGACUGAUCUGAGCCCUUGAGGGCAGCAAUUUAGUGCCUUAAUCUUUUCUAGAAGGAUGAUAUACGGAGCUACUACUGGAUUCAGCUUAGCGUCCCAAUGUGCAGAUGUUACUGUACCCAUGGACCAGAAGCCACCAUCCUGCAGUAUCACCAGAACUGGGGUCCUUCUGGGGUCAAUGAUAUUAAAAGCUGGAGCUCCGCGCUCCUCUUGUUGACUUUUGAUCGUCGAAGCAAUCUCCAGCCAGUUCUCCUCACUCCUCCCUCUUUCCCACCCACCUCCCCUUCGUGGGUCUUGUUCUUCUCUGACAGUACCAUAACUAAUUCUUUUAAUUCAACCUGCAACCAGUCACGUAAUCAUGCCUGGCGGAGGAGUCGUCUCUGUCACCGGCACGACUGAUGUCAAUCGUGUCGAGGCCCCCGUUACCCUCAGAGCCUACCUGAUCGUCGCCUUUGCGGCAUUUGGAGGUAUCUUCUUCGGUUAUGACACCGGCUGGAUGGGAGGUGUUUUGGGAAUGGACUACUUCAUCAAACAGUACACAGGCGCAGAAUAUCCCAACGUCAAAUUCCCAGGCUUGGCCGCAGACGACCAGAUCAUCAAAGACUAUCGCAAAUCCACCUUCGUCGUUCCCCAGUGGCAGCAAUCAUUGACUACCUCGAUUCUGUCUGCUGGUACUUUCUUCGGCGCCAUUAUCGCUGGUGAUUUGGCCGACUUCCUUGGUCGCCGUGUCGUGAUCAUCAUCGGUUGUCUCAUCUUCAGCGUCGGUGGCAUCCUCGAGACCGCCUCCACUGGCUUGAAUGUCAUGGUUGGUGGCCGUCUUGUGGCCGGUUUCGGUGUUGGUUUCAUCUCCGCCAUCGUCAUCCUGUACAUGUCCGAAAUCGCCCCUCGUAAGGUGCGCGGUGCUGUUGUUGCCGGCUACCAAUUCUGCAUCACUAUUGGUAUUCUCCUCGCCAACUGCGUAGUCUACGCUACCCAGGGCCGACGUGACACCGGAUCUUACCGCAUUCCCAUCGCGGUUCAAUUCCUCUGGGCUAUUAUCCUUGGAGGCGGACUUGCCCUUCUCCCCGAGUCGCCCCGUUACUUCGUGAAGAAAGGCAAACUUGAUCAUGCAGCUAAGGCUUUGGCACGCGUUCGUGGACAGCCCGUUGAUUCUGAAUACAUCCAGGAUGAACUCGCUGAGAUCAUUGCUAACCACGAGUAUGAGAUGUCAAUUGUCCCUCAAACUAGCUACCUCGGAUCUUGGAUGUCCUGCUUCGAGGGCAAGAUCUCCAGCCCUUCUUCUAACCUUCGCCGUACUGUUCUCGGUAUAGUGAUGCAGAUGAUGCAGCAGCUGACUGGUAUCAACUUCAUCUUUUACUUCGGUACCGUCUUUUUCCAGCAACUGGGAACGAUCUCGAACCCCUUCUUGAUCUCUCUCGUCACCACACUUGUCAACGUUCUGACUACUCCUGCGUCUUUUGUCAUGGUCGAAAAGAUUGGACGCCGUACCAUUCUGAUUUACGGCGCCGCCUCCAUGGUCAUCAUGCAGUUCAUCGUUGGUAUCAUCGGUGCCACCGCUGGUAAAGACACCCCUGACCACCCUGCCAACCCCAACGCUGUUAAGGCCAUGAUCGCUUUCAUUUGCCUUAACAUUGCCUCCUUCGCUACCACCUGGGGACCUGCCGCGUGGAUUGUGAUUGGAGAGAUCUUCCCUCUGACUAUUCGUUCCCGUGGUGUUGGCCUUUCUACUGCUUCCAAUUGGUUCUGGAACUGCAUUAUCGGCGUCAUUACUCCGUACCUGGUGGCCGACCAACCUCAUUCGGCAAAAUUGGGCUCUAAUGUAUUCUUCAUGUGGGGUGGUCUUUGCUGCAUUUCCUUCCUCUUUGCCUAUUUCUUCGUCCCCGAAACCAAGGGCCUUACCCUCGAGCAAGUCGACAAGAUGUUGGAGGAAUCGACUCCCCGCACAUCCCGCAAAUGGAAGCCAACCACCACAUUUGCCGCCGAGACCCACCUCGCGGACAAGCACUUGGAGAUUCCCCUCGAGACCAGGACAGUUGAGCCCAAGGUUGCGGUUUAAGCACACAUCUUGUCUGACGCGGCUAUACAUGUGAGAUCUAUGGUCCCCGAAGCACUUUGUUUGGGGGGAGGGGGAGCAAUUUUAUGGUAAUGGGUUUAUACAGCCUUUGAUUAGUGUCAAGGAUAGGGCCAUCGAAUAAAUAUAUCGUCUAUCCAUCUCGAGGUGAC